AUGUCAAUGAGAUCUCGACUCGCACACUUAUCUCAGCAUUGCCGACUCAUACACCAACACCGUCCAUAUUCAAGUACUUUUCAAAGAUCACUUGGAAAAGGGACAGCAACCAUGGACCUCACCCAGAAUUACAGCAACCCCAGCCUCGAAAAGGCAGCGAAACUCAUCCGCGUCAACGCCGUCGACCUCCCCUCCAUCGACGACCCCAGCUUCGGCUCCAAAUUCGCCGACUUCGCCGACUGCAAAGUCCUACUCAUAGGCGACGCCUCCCACGGCACAUCCGAGUUCUACCACGCCCGCGCAGAAAUCACAAAAUACAUGAUAGAGCACCACGGCUUCAACAUCGUGGCCUGCGAAGCGGACUGGCCGGAUGCGGAGGCGGUGGACCGGUACGUGCGGAGACGAGGCGGGUCGGGGCCGACGGCGAGCGUUGAAGCGGGGGGCAUGGCGGAGAAGGAGGGCCGCGAGCCGGCGUUUGUUCGGUUUCCGACCUGGAUGUGGCGGAACGAGGAGGUGCGUGAAUUCACGGAGUGGCUGAGGGCUUUCAACAAGGGGACGAACCCGAAGGAGGCGGUUGGGUUUUACGGGCUGGAUUUGUAUUCGCUUGGGACGUCGAUGAACGCCGUUGUUGAUUAUCUCGAUCGUGUCGAUUCCAAGAUGGCGAAGGUGGCGAGGAAGAGGUACGGGAGGUUGAUGGCGUGGGCGGAGCAGCCUCACGAGUACGGCCUUGAGGCGUUGUCUGGGAGUUUGAGGGGGUAUGAGAAGGAUGUGGUUGAGAUGUUGAGGGAUUUGUUGAAGCGCAGGUUGGAGUAUUCGCAACAUUUGCUUGAUGGUGAGGAGUUUCACGGCGGUGAGCAAAAUGCGCGCCUUGUCAAGGAUGCGGAGAAUUACUACAAGGCAAUGUAUCACGCCCGCGACGAGUCGUGGAAUCUACGGGAUACGCACAUGUUUGAGACGCUGGUUCGCGUCCUCAAGCAUCGCGGUGACGGGGCGAAAGCGAUUGUGUGGGCUCAUAAUAGUCACAUUGGCGACGCGAGAGCGACGAGUAUGGGAUGGUCCGAUGAGGAGCUAAACAUCGGACAGCUAUGCAAAGAGACAUUUGGCGAUCGGGCGCAGAGUAUCGGUUGUGGGACAAACACAGGGACUGUCGCAGCGGCAGAUUAUUGGGAUGGGGACAUGAGAAUCAAGAAAGUCCGGCCAGGAUUGAAGGGGAGCUAUGAAGAAGUCAUGCAUGAGUCUGGGAAGACGCAGUUCCUCUUGGAUUUGAGAAAGGGUAAGAGUGAUGCGCAGGUGUAUGAGGAGCUGAUGAAGAAGAGGUUAGAGAGGUUUAUAGGGGUGAUUUACCGGCCCGACACGGAGCGUCAAAGUCACUAUUCAACAGCCGUGUUGCCGAAGCAGUUUGACGGGUUCGUAUGGUUUGACGAGACACAGGCGGUUAGGGCUUUUGAGAAGAUACAGCCGACGGCGGCGCUGGAGUAUGAUGAGACUUGGCCAUUUGGGCUCUUAGGCUACGGUUUGUCGCUGCCCGUCCUGCUGAUCUGCAGCAACAUUUCCCUCAAUCCUCGGUCUUCCGAAAACCUUCAAUUUCCUUCCCCUCUUCCCACUCUCCCUGCAACAUCACCAAAAAAGAAAGAGAAUCGUCUCCAGUUUUGCAGAGAGGCUUCUGUUUCAAAUAUCUCAAAUGCAAAUAUCCCGACCGUGAUGCGCGCCCCAUGGUCGUCACCGCCGUCCCCGGCGCUGGCACUCAUCGCCGCCGCCGCAACAACAUGCCUCUUGGCCACCUCCGUUCACGCCGCCCCGACCGCCGGUGGUCUCUGCUUUGAUGCUUGCCAGAACGCUUUGCGGGCGCCUCACUUCAACGACACGGCGCCGGCAAAAUCAAAGCUCGUUCCUACGUGCCAGAGCAUGUUGCAUAUCAAAUCCAUGUACCUCUGCGUCGGCCUCCACUGCGACUCGACUCUACGGGUUGACGGCUUCCAUGCCGUGAACGAGACGUGCCAGAAGUUCAUGAACACUUCGCUGCCGCCUUUUGAGAUUAUCUCCGGGUACUCGGAAGAGGACAUUGCGGGCCUGAGGAGAUUGCCGCAGGAGGAAGCUGUCGACACCACUGUGUUGAAUGAGGUCGUCCUACCGACCGAGGAGUUUUGGAAGCUUUGGUUUGAUUCGCUGGAUUCUGUCGAGUAUACUUACAGCCGCCACUACGCUUACGGCUUCUAUGUCAUUGUAUUCUGGUUCAUCGUCUGCGCUAUUGGACUGGCUGCCCGUCUAUUGUCAGCCAUCGCCAGCCUCCAGCGCCAGGAAUGGGACUCCCAAAAGAGGCCCAACGUCUUUCACUGGGCAGCACUCUGGCUCAAGCGAUACAUCACUGUUCCCGCGACGUUUGGAUAUCGCUGCUCGCAGAACCUGGGCUGGUGCACGAUACCGCCCCGCAUCCAGAGUCUAACCAUCCUAGCGUUUAUCGCAGUCAACACAUGGUACUGCGUCUAUGGCUACUAUAUCCUUCCCGGCCACAUGUAUUGGCCCGCGAUCUACAAGCAGACAUGGCGUUACGUGUCGGACCGCACCGGCAUCAUCUCCUUUGCCAACUUCCCUAUCAUCUGGCUGUUUGGCAUGCGGAACAACCUCCUGAUGUGGGUGACGGGCUGGGACUUUGGCACCUACAACAACUUCCACCGCUGGGUUGCGCGUGUCGCGACACUCCAGGCCGUCAUUCACACCGUCGGCUACAUAGUACUCGUCUUGGAUGACGGCGGCUGGACGUAUUUCUUGUGGUGGUGGACGCAAAUGUUCUGGUGGGCCGGCUGGUUUGCAACCUUUGGCAUGGUCUUCCUCCUCGUCGCCUCCGUCUUCUGGAUGCGCCGCAAACAAUACGAACUCUUCCUCAUCCUCCACAUCCUCCUUUCCAUCCUCACCCUCAUCACCAUGCUUGGCCAUGUCUCCAUCUUCAAAGGCCAAUUCGACAUGCUCUUCUGGAUUCCCUUCUUCAUCUGGAUUGCCGACCGCGUCCUCCGCAUGUCCCGCACUCUGGCCUUCAACCUCAAAUUUUGGAACACCUUUGCCCUCGCAACCUACGACGCAAACUCCAACAUCAUCCGCCUCAGCGUCCCCUACUCCACCAGCCUCUAUGAGCCCAAGCCGGGCACUUACUAUUACCUUCAUGUCCUCAGCGACAAGCGCUUCUGGGAGAGCCAUCCGUUCACCAUGGCCUGCACGACGACGAACCAGCACUUUGCGCGCAAGUCCUCGAGCGAGCAGACGCCACUGCUAGUAGCAGGCGACCGCGACGGACUCGGUGGCGGCGAACCCAUGUCCGAGAUCGAGCUCCAGCCCCGCAACGGCACCCCGUCCAUGACCUUCCUCAUCAGACCCUACGACAGCUUCACUUCACGCCUCCGCGACGCCGCCGCAGCAGACUGGCCGCGUCCCGCGCGCCUCCGCGUCUUCGUCGAGGGGCCGUACGGCCACACCCAGCCCUUUUCCCAGUUCGACGACCUCCUCUUCGUCGUCGGCGGCAGCGGCGUCGUCGUUCCCCUUGCUCACCUAGCCAAGCUCACAGAAGCGUCCUCCCGCGCGCGGUCGAUCAAGGUUGUCUGGGCCGUCCGCGAGCUAAGUUUCGCGGUGGACGUUUUACGGCAGGAUUUCGAGGAUGCUUUCGACAGCGGGAAAUUGUCCGUUGAUGUGUACGUCACGCAGACGAGUCUGGCGACGAACGCGGGAAGGCCAGACGACUGGCCUGAGCAGGUGCGCCUAUUUUACGGGCGUCCCGAUGUGCGCGAGGAGGUGGAGUACGCCGCGACGGGGUCGGAUAAGAGCCGGCUCGCGGUUGUGGCGUGCGGUCCGAACGUCAUGGCUGACGACGCUAGGAAGUCUGUAGUCGAGAUGUUGGGCCGGGGAUACUCCAGGAUUGAGUAUUUCCAGGAGAGUUUCAAUUGGUGA